AUGACACCAAGUUCAACUAAAAAAAUUAAGCAAAGAAGAAGUACUUCAUGUACAGUAUGUCGAACAAUUAAAAGAAAAUGUGACGGGAAUACACCGUGUUCAAAUUGUCUUAAAAGAAAUCAAGAAUGUAUUUAUCCCGAUGUUGACAAAAGAAAGAAACGUUAUUCAAUAGAGUAUAUUACCAAUUUAGAGAAUACAAAUCAACAAUUACACGACCAACUCCAGAGUCUAAUUGAUUUGAAAGAUAAUCCUUAUCAAUUGCAUUUGAAAAUAACUGAAAUACUCGAAUCCUCGAGUCUGUUUUUAGACAAUUCAGAGACUAAACUGGAUUCAUCUCUUGGUUCACCAGAAUUAUCGAAAUCUGAAGCCUCGUUGGCGAAUUCAUUUACUUUAGGAGGUGAAUUAGUAGUCAGUUCUAGAGAACAAGGUGCAAACUUUCACGUCCACCUUAACCAACAACAACAACAACAACAACCACUGCCACAAUCACUAUCACAAUCUAGUGCAAGUGAAGUAAGCACAAGAUCUUCACCUGCAUCUCCUAAUUCAACUAUUAGUUUGGCUCCUCAGAUAUUGAGAAUUCCAUCACGACCAUUUCAACAACAAACACGACAAAAUCUUCUCCGGCAAUCUGACUUGCCAUUACACUACCCUAUUUCAGGCAAAACUUCUGGACCCAAUGCUUCUAAUAUUACUGGUAGUAUUGCUAGUACGAUUAGUGGUAGUAGAAAAAGUAGUAUAUCAGUUGAUAUAUCACCUCCACCACUGUUACCAGUUUUCCCAACUUCAGGACCUACAUUACCUACUUUAUUACCUGAACCACUACCAAGAAAUGAUUUUGAUUUCGCUCCUAAAUUUUUCCCUGCACCUGGUGGGAAAUCAAAUAUGGCAUUUGGAGCCACAACUGUUUAUGAUGCUGAUGAAUCCAUGGUAAUGAAUGUAAAUCAAAUUGAAGAAAGAUGGGGUACUGGUAUCAAGUUGGCCAAAUUGAGAAAUGUUCCUAAUAUUCAAAAUAGAUCUUCUUCUUCUUCUUCCACCUUAAUUAAAGUGAAUAAAAGAACUAUAGAAGAAGUUAUUAAAAUGAUUACAAAUUCAAAAGCUAAAAAAUAUUUUGCGUUAGCAUUCAAAUAUUUUGAUCGACCAAUUUUAUGUUAUUUGAUUCCUAGAGGGAAAGUCAUCAAAUUAUAUGAAGAAAUAUGUGCCCACAAGAAUGAUUUAGCAACAGUUGAAGAUAUUUUAGGGUUAUACCCCACGAAUCAAUUUAUAUCAAUUGAAUUAAUUGCUGCUUUGAUAGCUUCUGGGGCUUUAUAUGAUGAUAAUAUUGAUUGUGUUCGAGAAUAUUUGACAUUACUGAAAACGGAAAUGUUUAUAAACAAUUCCGGAUGUCUUGUAUUCAAUGAAAGUUCUUAUCCUAAAUUACAAGCGAUGUUAGUAUGUGCCCUUUUAGAAUUAGGAUUAGGGGAAUUAACUACUGCAUGGGAAUUAUCUGGAAUUGCCCUCCGAAUGGGAAUAGAUUUGGGAUUUGAUAGUUUUAUUUAUGAUGAUUCUGAUAAAGAAAUUGAUAAUUUGAGAAAUUUAGUAUUUUGGGGGAGUUAUAUAAUUGAUAAAUAUGCUGGAUUAAUAUUUGGUCGUAUUACAAUGUUAUAUGUCGAUAAUAGUGUUCCUUUGAUAUUUCUCCCAAAUAGACAGGGUAAAUUACCUUGUUUAGCCCAAUUAAUUAUUGAUACUCAACCAAUGAUAAGUUCUAUUUAUGAAACUAUACCUGAAACUAAAAAUGAUCCUGAGAUGUCGAAAAAAAUUUUCUUAGAAAGAUAUAAUUUGUUACAAGGAUAUAAUAAAAGUUUAGGAGCAUGGAAAAGAGGGUUAUCUAGAGAGUAUUUUUGGAAUAAAUCUAUUUUAAUCAACACAAUAACUGAUGAAUCAGUUGAUCAUCUGUUAAAGAUUGCUUAUUAUUUGAUAUUUUUAAUUAUGAAUAAACCAUUUUUAAAAUUACCUAUUGGUUCUGAUAUCGAUACUUUCAUUGAAAUAGUUGAUGAAAUGGAAAUCAUUAUGAGAUAUAUCCCCGAUGAUAAACAUUUAUUGAAUUUAGUGGUAUAUUAUGCAUUAGUAUUAAUGAUACAAUCAUUGGUGGCACAAGUAUCAUAUACUAAUGCAAAUAAUUAUACUCAAAAUUCAAAAUUUAUGAAUCAAUUGUUAUUUUUCAUUGAUAGAAUGGGUGAAGUUUUAAGAGUUGAUAUAUGGUUGAUUUGUAAGAAAGUUCAUAGUAAUUUUCAACAGAAAGUUGAAUAUUUGGAAAAAUUGAUGCUUGAUCUUACUGAAAAGAUGGAACAAAGAAGAAGGGAUGAAGAAAAUUUGAUGAUGCAACAAGAGGAAUUUUACGCCCAACAACAGCAGCAGCAACAGCAACAGCAACAGCAGCCAAAACAUGAAUACCACGACCACCAACAAGAACAAGAACAACAAGAACAGCUACAAGAAGAACAUUCAGAAAAAGAUAUAAAAAUAGAAAUAAAAGACGAACCACAACCACAAGAAGAACAUAUACAUCAAGAUUAUCCAAUGAAAGAGGAAGAAGAGAAUCUUAACCAAUUAUCAGAACCACAAACCAAUGAAGAAGACAAUCCAGCUGAGGACAUGUUACAAAAUGAGCAAUUUAUGAGAAUGGUAGAUAUAUUAUUUAUAAGAGGUAUAGAAAAUGAUCAAGAAGAAGGAGAAGAACAGCAACAGCAACAACAACAACAAGAGCAAGUUCAACAAGAGCAAGUUCAACAAGAGCAAGUUCAACAAGAUCAAAUGGAAUUAGAAGAGGAUGAAUUACCACAACAAAUGCCUACAUCACCAGAACAACCAGAUGAACCAGAAAUUCCACAACUUCCAGAAAUAUUAGAUCCAACAUUUUUUAAUUCUAUAGUAGAUAACAAUGGAUCUACAUUUAAUAAUAUUUUUAGUUUUGAUACAGAAGGAUUUCGUUUAUAA